GAGCAAGACAGUAAGCUAUGGUUACUACACCAGCAUUUGUUUUAAAAUAUACGAAAUAUCAAGUUUGCUGUGAUAAGUCGAUAUAAAUGGUAUUUUUUCGUGCGCGAAAGUGGAACCAUGUACCAUGAUGGUGUGAGUGCGGGGAGAUUUCGUAAGCAGCUUUGCGUUUAACGAAACAAUAAAUAAAACAAAUAAAUAUUUAAAAUAACAGCUAGUACAUAAUUAGUAAUAAAUAAUAAUACGAAAAGAAUAAAUCCUGCAAUUUUGAAGUUAUUAAAAAAGAAAAAAUAAAAGUUGACAAUGCCUUAACAUGCCUUAUUUUGCAUUUGUACCCUUAGCGUAGGAAAUAAACAUGCGCCAAACUAUAAGGUUGAAGCCCUAUAGGUAGAGAGUAUUCCAGUAAACGAUUCUAGUUUCUACGGGAAAAUACGACAACGUAAAGCGGAUAUAAAAUUCAAUUUCGCGACACACACACGUAAUAUAUUUAUAGCUUUAAUAAAUAACAAACGAACCAAAAAUCAAAGGAGUUUACAUUUUUCAUUAAUACGUAAGUAAACCCUUAAUAUUAUUACAACAAAUUAUUAUUAACCGAAUCCAAAAAUAUCGCAGGUUUCCUUUUUAAUUAAAGGAUCGCCGAUAAGUAACAAUAAAUCAAACAUUUAAUAAAACAAUAAUAACCUAUUUUGUUUCAAACAGUUUUGGUGUCGUUUUUUAUUUUAAUUAAUUAAAAUAUUUCUCCGCCGGGUAUUACAAUAAUAACUACACACGUAUGUAUAUUUAUUAACAAAUUAAGUGCAAACAACGACAAAAAAAUUAACUUAGUGCAAAAAGGUCCCACGUACGUACGUUAAAAUAUUUAUCGAUAUUACUAAUUGACUAAUUUCCUCUUCGAAACGCGAUUAAAAGAUAAAUAAAAGUGCACAGACUAUUCACCUGUACAACCGACUGACGCUUUUCACGUUAUUAUUUAUAAUACGAGUUCUAUUCGGAAAAUAACAGUGCAAUGAGUGUAAGAGAUACUUCUAUGUAAUUUCGUCCUGUAAAGUGAUUAUGCCCGUGAGAAGAGGACACGUCGCACCACGGACUACUUUGAUCGAGACAAUCAUAAGGAAGUUUGACACUGACAAUCGUUCAUUUUUGGUAGCGAACAGCAGAGGGGGACAAUGUCACAUUAUCUAUUGUUCGGACGGUUUCUGUCGAUUGACAGGCUAUUCGCGGGCGGAAGUGAUGCAGAAGACGGCCUCAUGCGAGUUCCUUUGUGGACCUCUUACCUCCCAACAGGCGAUCUCUUCUCUCAGGGACGCGCUCAACGAAGGCAACGAAAAACACGCCGAAAUUUUGUACUACAGAAAAGAUGGUUCAAAGUUCCUAUGUUCAGAAGUAAUUGCACCAAUAAAGAGCGAAAUAGACGACAUAAGCCUAAUUAUUAUAAAUUUCGAAGACUUGACUGCAAAACCGUCUGCUUCUUUAGAAAACAGCCCCGCAGCAAAAGGCCGUUUCAGCAAAUUUGACAGGGCGAGAGCAUCAUUCCGACAGAGUUUAAGAUUUGGUUCAAAUAUAAGAGGCCGAGGACUGAGAUUAGCUGGAUAUCUAACACCUCCUAGCGACGUGACGGCUGCAGAAGAAGAAGCUGACACAUUGGAACAAUGCCCUCUGACGUCGAACUCGCCUACCCCCAUUCUAGAACAGACGUGGGUAUCAAAGACGGAAGUUCCCACUGGCACAACCCACACUACCAUUCCCGUUCCUGCCCAAAAGGAAUAUUCGGCGCUCACGAUAUCCAGGAGUGCACCUACCAGCCAUCAGGCGUCCUUCGAAAGAGGGGAAAGCGUCGAAAGGACGAAACCAAACAAUAAUAAUAGGCAAUUAACUCCAAAUAGGGUUACUCACGCAACUAGUUUAGAUGCUAUAGCGAGACGUCAAUGUUUCAGAAGUGGAUUUCCUACUCUUAAUUCUUCCAAUAAGCCCCAGCUACACAAGCAGUUCCCAAAUGUGUCUUCUGAAAGUGACCUUCAGAGGUACAAAACGCCUCAUUCUCACGAUAGAAAAAGUCCAAGCCUUAGUAAUCCCACUGAUUCAGUCAAACAAAAAUUUUCCCUGCAAGACAACGGAUCAGCCAAGUAUUUCCAAAGCGGCAUACACACUCCAAAAAUGGGCGAGAAGGUAGCCCAGGUGCUGUCAUUGGGAGCGGAUGUUCUCCCGGAGUACAAACUCCAGAAUCCCAGGUUACACAACUGGACGAUUCUCCACUAUUCGCCAUUCAAAGCCGCCUGGGACUGGAUCAUUUUGUUACUGGUCAUGUACACGGCCAUCUUUACGCCCUACGUGGCUGCCUUUUUGCUCAAUGAACCCGACUAUAACACUAGAAAAUCGAAAAGUUACGGAAAAGACCCUAUUAUGGUAAUAGAUUUAAUAGUCGACGUAACCUUCAUCAUAGACAUCCUGAUCAAUUUCCGGACAACAUACGUGAGCGGCAACGACGAGGUUGUGUCACAUCCGGGCAAAAUAGCCGUUCAUUACCUGAAGGGCUGGUUCCUCAUAGACCUGGUCGCUGCCAUUCCAUUCGACCUGUUGCUCUUUGGAAGUGACACAGAUGAAUUCUCUGGCUUGGAUAAGGACGAGACCACGACACUCAUCGGUCUGCUGAAGACGGCGCGUCUAUUGCGACUGGUCAGGGUGGCCAGGAAAAUAGAUCGCUAUUCGGAAUAUGGAGCAGCCGUUUUACUGCUACUCAUGGCUACCUUUGCGCUCAUUGCGCACUGGCUUGCUUGCAUCUGGUACGCGAUUGGCAAUGCUGAACGUCCGGUUCUGCAUUCGAAAAUCGGUUGGUUGGACAGUUUGGCCAACGAUACCCAUCAGUAUUAUCUGUCAAACAAUUCGGGAGGACCCAGUAUCAAAAGUCGCUACGUGACCGCCCUCUAUUUCACUUUCACGUCGCUGACAAGUGUGGGGUUCGGAAACGUGGCACCCAACACUGAUGCAGAGAAAAUAUUCACCAUCUGCGUUAUGCUCGUUGGAUCGCUUAUGUACGCUAGUAUCUUCGGUAACGUUUCGGCGAUUAUUCAGCGGUUAUACUCAGGGACGGCGCGCUACCANAAGAAAUAUUUUAUUAAAAUUUGUCGAUGCGAGCAAAUUUUAUGCUUUUAUCUGUUGUUACUGUUACCCUUACCUUUCAGGGCCUUAACGUUAAAAUUUAAAACUACACAUGCACCCCCAGGGGACACGUUAGUUCAUCGAGGGGACGUAUUAACCUCACUUUAUUUCAUAUCAAGGGGAUCCAUCGAGAUUCUGAAAGAUGACAUUGUGAUGGCUAUUUUAGGAAAAUAUGAUAUUUUCGGUGAAAACCCUUGCAUACAUCCGACUAUAGGGAAGUCGAGCUGCAACGUAAGGGCACUAACCUACUGUGAUCUUCAUAAAAUACAUAGGGACGAUCUUCUGGACGUCCUUGAACUGUAUCCAGAAUUUUACAAUAAUUUUAUGAAUAAUUUAGAAAUUACGUUUAAUCUAAGGGAUGAAGAGCAAGUGGGGGUUAUUCCAAAACAUCGUUACUACCAUAGGUCGCAUGCUAACGACAGAGAAGGUAGAUUUAGGGGUUUUAACGUAAGAUCGAACGGUCAUUCCAGUAGGGGAACUUCACUGGGGGGGAGACAAGAAUCCAUAGGAAGUGACGAGUCGGAAUCAGGCCACGGAAUUUUAGAAUUUUCCACUGACAAGGCAGGUCAAGACGUUACGCCCCUGAAUCUUGAUUUUGGGGAAGAAAAGAAGCGUUCGUCAACCCUGAAUUCCAUUACUGGCAUGUUUUCACACCUCAAACGAAGUAUCCCUGACCUAAGGUUACACAAAAGUUCCCACCAGCCGCUACUAGCUCAUUCCACGCCCCCAUCUUCGCACCGAUUGCGUACAAUACGUCGUCAAUCGUCAGUAGGAGCGUAUCAAGAUAACGUGACGACAAGUACUAACCAUCAACAGCAAUCGAGUGCCACGCAUCACAGUUCCGUUCCGAUAUCGAGUAGCACCAGCUACUACACCAACAGUCCCAGUCCUCCUCACGCGGGAGACAAUUCAUCAGCACAAGUAGCAGCACAAAGUCACGCCAGUCACGGCGUGCGCAGUCCGCUAGAACUGAGUCAAAAGCUCGAGCAAGCGAUAAGUCAGACGGUCUUGGGACCGUUGGGUGACUCGGUACCAAUUGGAACAACCGAGCCGUUACUGGAGCAAACUCUACCAACGGUUGAGGCCACAACGAACGCUCUUGCACAAUCCUGUUUUAUACAUUCCACGCCUGAAACCACUACUACACAUUCUGAUAUUUUAGUUUUAAGUAGGCAUCAAUUCGAACAAAUUAAUAGUAAGAUAGACAAGCUCUCGAAGAGGGUCGAAAACAUAGAAACGAGUUUAGCGACUGAUGUUAGGUUAAUUCUCAACAUGCUACAAGCACAAAGGGGGAAAGAAAUCGUCGCCACCACUUCCUCUACAACCACCACCAACCAAGAGAUUCCAGAAUACGAGCAAGUGACGACAGAUGCUACAGUCAGAAGUAGGUACGUGUUCCAAAGAUCAGUUAGCGAGCCAAAACCUAUUUCAUCUAAGUGCGUUCAUUCUCAAGCUUUACAUAGAUUCGCUUCAUUCAAUAAAGCUUUUGAUUACGAUAAAAAUCAGGAUCCGUGGACAGAUACGUCUUUCAGGGAAGAAGAGAAAGAAGACAAAACAGCUCCCAUUGCAAAAUUAGAAUCACUGGAUGAAUUAGAUUUGGAAUCCCCUACAUUAAGUCCAACAAAGAAGUUUAAAAAAUGAAUUAUCUGUUGAAAUUUUUCUCCCUCGUGUUUUACCUGUCCAUUUUAAUAAGUCAAUUCAUCCAUAUUAAUGUUGUUUUCGUUCAGUAAUCAAGAAAAUGAUAAAAAAAUACAAAAAUCGAACGCUUUCUCUGAAAAAAAAUGGGCAAACACGAAUGAUUGUCCAUGCGCUUAGAGACUGUAUUAUAUUUUUAAGGAAUUCGUUUCUAAGACAGAAGGAAAAAAUGUGAAUGAUAAAAGUGAGAAUAAUAAUAAUAAUAAAUGAAGACAGUAAGUGAUAGCCACAGACCUUGCAAAGGGAACACAGGUAAAUAUUUGUUUUAAAAGUUUUAUUCAUUAUUAUAAACAGUAAAAAUAUGGACCAGUUUGCAUAUAAUUAAAGUUUUAAAUCAAGUAACAAAUUAUUACAGAAAGUUACUAUCUUAACUUUAUUUGAAAUUUAAAUUAAAAAUGUAGUAAAAAUAAAGAGUUUAGAUAAGAGUAUCAAAAAAGUGAAAAAAGUUUUUAUUGUUCCCUUAGUUAUUCUAACCAUUCAUAACACUUAGAAUCAUACAAGUAUAUAGUUACAUACAAUAAUUUUGGUGACCAAUCUUACCCAUUUUUGGCACUGUUAUUUGUAUUUUCCCAUUGUUGAUGAAAUAUUGCAUACUGAGAAAAUAGAGAUUCCACUCAAAUACUGAAAUACAUAUUUUUCUUAGGUGUAUAAAAAUCUACAUCUAAUCUAAAAAAAAUUGAUGCCUUCAGUCUCUCAGCGUGAAAUAUAUCAAUAAUAACAGAAGAAUACAAAAAAUUAAUAAAAAUGGCCGAGUUUGACAACCAAAAUAAUUGUAUUUAACUGUUAAAGUAGUUCUAAAUACAAGUUAUGAGAUAUUAGAAUAAUUAUAAGGAACAGUAGAGGAAAAAAUUAAAACAAUUUUUUAGAAACGUAUCAGUUCACUGUUGUAUGGGUCAUUUUUAUACUCUUAUCAACCCUAGACCCUUUUUGUUGUUACAUACGAAUGUAUAAAUUAGAAGGACAUAUCAGAACUCAGAUUGAAGCAGUAUAAAUAUGUACAUGUGUAUAUUUCUAUGUAUAAAAUGAGUUUACUGCAUUAUUAGUUUAAAAUUGAAUAUCUCUUUACAAUGUCUGCGGUUUUUCUUUUCGGAAAUGCAAAGUAUUAAAAUCCGUCUUUAAAUGUUAUUAUAAUGUAAGAUUAAGUUAAGAAACCAAACUGGAAUUUCGUACA